AUGCAGGGGUCAACUUAUGGCAAGUUACAAGUGGGCAGCAAACACAUGCUGUCAACCUGGAACUUGAGACUUGUGGAUGCAGGAAGUGGGACCUUAGUGGCAUACCUUGCAACCAUGCCAUCUCUGCAAAUAAACAAGGCUAAAAGGAAACCAGAGGAUUAUGUCAGCAAAUUCUUCAAGAAAGAUUUUUAUGCUGCAGCUUAUGAACCAAUGAUCUUUCCUGUGCCUGGUGAGCAUGAUUGGACAAGGACCCCUGGUCCAGACAUAGAACCACCUGCAUUCAAAAUCAAGAGAGGAAGAAAGAAAGAAAAGAGGAUCAAGGGCAAAUUUGAAGUACCAAAGCCAAAAGACACUUCAAGAAUGGGGACCAUAACAUGUGGCAAUUGUGGUCUCCAAGGGCAUAGGUACACAAACUGUCUUAAACAGUUGAAGCCUGAGCUAGCUUUGAGGAAGAAUAAGCAUGUGGCUACUCCAAGUAACUCACAGCCAAGAGCUGCUGGUCCUUCUACUACAACAACAGCAAGACAGCCAAGAGCUGCUGCCAGAGGAGCUGCCAGAGAAAGAGGAGCUGCUACUUCUACUACACCACCACCAUCUGGAAGAGGAAGAGGAAGAGGAGCUGCUACUUCUACUACACCACCACCAUCUGGAAGAGGAGCUGGCAGAGGAAGAGGAGCUGGAACAGGUGCUCCAAGGCCAUUCAGUGCCCCCAGGCAAUAUGCUGACAUUCCUACUGAUGGUACACACACUGGAUGGAUGUCCUACUUCACUGCUAGCAGAGGAAGAGGAGCCAUGUAA